UUCUUUGGUUUUUUCCUCCCUCGCCGGGCGUCGAUCGCGCACUUGACCAUCUUAGUUGCAGAACUCGUCGCCUUCGGCAACCGUUUCCGUUCCCAAAUUGAGAGGCGAAGGUGGUGUUCGCCUGAGGAAGAGCGAGUGAGCCUAAGCGAAUUGGAGGAGCGGAGGAGGUGUGAGGAAGAGGAGUGAGAUGGGUGCGGCCAACGCGUUGGCGGUGGGGAGGGGGAUGGUGAUGUUAGUGGCGGCGGCUGCGGCUGCGGCUGCGGAUGCCGGAGGAGGAGCGACUGAGGGAGGAGGGAAAACAGUGGCGGUUCUGCAGGAGGCGGAGGACAUUCCGUUCGGGACGCCUUGGUGGUACGUCGACGCGGGGGUAUCCUGCUUGCUGGUGCUAUUCGCCGGGAUAAUGUCUGGACUCACUCUAGGGCUCAUGUCGCUUGGUCUUGUCGACCUGGAGAUCCUCCAGCGGAGCGGGACGUUGACCGAGAAGAAACAGGCAGCCAAAAUUAUUCCUGUUGUUCAAAAGCAACAUCAACUUCUUGUGACUUUACUUUUAUGCAAUGCAGCUUCCAUGGAGGCCCUUCCUAUAUAUCUUGAUAAAAUUUUUCAUCCUUUUGUGGCUGUUGUCUUGUCUGUGACAUUUGUUCUGGCUUUUGGGGAGGUUAUUCCUCAAGCCAUAUGCUCAAGAUAUGGACUAGCUGUAGGUGCUAAUUUUGUAUGGCUAGUAUGCAUCUUGAUGGUCAUAUGCUACCCAAUUUCUUAUCCUAUUGGCAAGAUCCUUGAUUGUGCACUUGGGCACAAUGAGUCUGCACUAUUUAGGCGUGCUCAGUUAAAAGCUCUAGUAUCUAUUCAUAGUCUAGAGGCUGGUAAAGGUGGGGAGCUCACACACGAUGAGACAACAAUCAUUAGUGGAGCCCUUGAUUUGACCGAAAAGACAGCUGAGGCGGCUAUGACUCCCAUUGAAUCAACCUUCUCAUUAGAAGUCAACUCAAAAUUAGACUGGGAAGCAAUUGGCAAGAUUCUUGCCAGAGGUCAUAGCCGUGUUCCUGUUUAUUCCGGGAGUCCAAGAAAUAUCAUUGGCCUUCUGCUGGUGAAAAGUCUUCUUAGUGUUCGUGCCGAGACAGAGACACCAGUUAGCUCUGUUUCUAUCAGACGAAUUCCAAGGGUUCCAGCAGAUAUGCCAUUGUAUGACAUACUUAAUGAAUUUCAAAAGGGAAGCAGCCAUAUGGCUGCUGUUGUUAAAGCUAAAGGCAGAAGUGAGUCUCUCCUGCCCGCAAAAGGGGAGAAAUCGGAGGAAGAAAACGAAGAAUCUUCUGGAAUCUCUGAAUUGAAGGUUCCUUUGUUAUCAAAAGAAGGCGAAAACUCGGAUAGUGUUAUUGUUGACGUUGACAAACAGUAUCAAAAGCAGGCUAAUGGAGAUAAACCAGCCUUGCAACAGAAUGAUGCUGCAGCAACUGUGGUCACUCGGUUAGCAGAAGAUGUAGAAGAAGGGGAAGUCAUUGGCAUCAUCACCCUUGAGGAUGUUUUUGAGGAACUCCUUCAAGAGGAGAUAGUGGAUGAGACGGAUGAGUAUGUUGAUGUUCAUAAAAGGAUAAGGGUAGCUGCUGCUGCUGCAGCUGCUUUUUCAGUUGCUAGGACUCCAUCUGUAAGAAGGUUGACCGGACAUAAGGCAGUAGUAAGUAGGAGAAAGUGAAGCAGUGAAGCUGAAUACUUCCAAGGCAUGAAAUGAAUCUUGUGGAACCAGUGAUGCAAAACGAGAUAGGAGAAAGUGGGAUAUUAUUUCCUGAGCUACUUGUGUCACGUUUGUUGUUUAUAUUGUUCUUCAAAGUGUGGAUAUUUACCUUUCGGUAAGUUGGAACUGGGUUUAUUUUUUAAUUUACCCAAAUCCGUCCAGACAAUUCAACCAAA